UUUGAUUUUUAUAAAAUGAAUUCAUUACGGAAACUAAUUAAAAAAGAAAUUUCAAUAACAAAUUUAGCAUUAAUCAUACCUUCUAAUAAUAUCAAUAUACAAGUCUUUGAUCGAAAUUCUAAAUUGUUACAAAGAGAACGAGCAGCAAAAGCUCUUGAUGUAAAGAUUUAUGAUUAUAUUAAAGAUGAAAUUGGAUGCAGACUUUCUGAUAGAAUAUUUGAUAUUAAACGAAAAUUUAACAGUGUCUUGAACAUAGGUUGUGGACGUGGUCAUGUAUCUAAAUUCAUUCCAAAAGAAUCAGUUAAUAAACUCAUCUUGGCAGACUUAAGCCCAAGCUGGCUAGAACAAGCACAAGCUACUGAAGGAAUAAAAAUUGAAAAACAAAUUCUUGAUGAAGAAACAUUUGUAUUAGAACCUAAUAGUUUAGAUUUUGUUAUAAGUUGUUUAAGCUUGCAUUGGGUAAAUAACUUACCCGGAUGUUUUCGUUGUAUAAUAAAUAGUCUUAAAAAAGAUGGUGCUUUCAUGGCUGCUAUAUUUGGAGCUGAUACAUUAUAUGAAUUACGUGGUUCCUUACAAUUAGCAGAACUAGAAAGAGAUGGAGGAAUUUCACCACGUAUAUCACCAUUUACACAUAUUAAAGAUAUUGGAGCUUUAUUAACAGAUGCAGGCUUUACGAUGCUCACAGUUGAUACCGAAGAAUUAAUUAUUGGAUAUCCAUCUAUGUAUGAACUUAUGUGGGAUUUAAAAGGCAUGGGAGAAAGUAAUGCAGCAAGGAACCGAAAAUUACAUUUAAGUAGAGAUACUUUAUUUGCUGCUUCUGCAAUUUAUAAUCAACUGUAUGGAAAAAUUAAAGAAAAAGAUAAAAGUAGAUAUAUUCCAGCUACUUUUCAAAUAAUUUAUAUGAUUGGUUGGAAACCGGAUGAAUCACAACCAAAAAUAAUGAAACAAGGAACAGGAGAAAUUUCUUUAAAAGAUAUGUAUAGAAUUGAUGAAAUUAUUAAAGAAAAACAAUAG